UCAAGUGACUGACGCGCUCCAGAUUCACAAACAUGAUUCUCUUGAAUUAUCUCUACAAAGUGCAAGUGCUGAUCGGAUACUAUUACCUGUGUGUAAACGCAGCGAAGGACGGCGACAACUGUCACUGCGGUAGCGCCGGACUAAACCGUCAGCCCAUCUUUGGUCCACAGCAGGAAGGACAGUGUACUGUAGAUGAAAUUAAGCCUGCAGCUACCAUCAGCGAGAAGGAAAUGGGAAGGAUGAUCAGGAUCGAUGCCGGCACGUAUUCCAUGGGGACGAACAGUCCGGUUUUCGUAGCUGAUGGAGAGGGACCAAAGCGUGAAGUAACGUUAGACAGUUUUUAUAUAGACAGAUUCGAAGUGAGCAAUGAAGACUUUGGAGCUUUCGCGAGUGCGACCGGUUACACGACGGAAGCAGAAAAUUUCGGAGACUCGUUCGCCUUCGAAGGUCUCUUGACGCAAAAUGUGAAGGACAAGAUUAAGCAGGCGGUUGCGCAGGCACCUUGGUGGCUGCCCGUGAAAGGAGCCUCGUGGCGACACCCGGAAGGCUCCGAUUCGAGCAUCACUUCCAGAAUGGAUCACCCUGUGGUUCACGUCUCCUGGAACGAUGCGGUCGCUUACUGCAACUGGAUGGGCAAACGCUUGCCGACUGAAGCAGAGUGGGAAGUCGCGUGCCGUGGUGGACUGUCGGACAGACUCUACCCUUGGGGGAAUAAAAUGACACCGAACGGCCAGCAUAAGGCCAAUAUCUGGCAAGGUGAUUUUCCGACAAGGAAUACCAAAGAAGAUGGAUACGGAGGUACAGCGCCAGUCACGAUGUUCCCACAGAACAGGUACGAUCUGCACAACAUCGUUGGAAACGUUUGGGAAUGGACGGCUGACUGGUGGUUAACGAGGCAUUCGCCAGAUCGCCAGACAAAUCCUACUGGCCCACCUAGUGGUACUGACAGAGUGAAGAAAGGUGGCUCUUACCUUUGUCACGAGAGUUAUUGCCACAGAUACAGGUGUGCUGCGCGCAGUCAGAACACGCCUGACACGUCGGCUGGAAAUUUAGGUUUUAGAUGCGCCAGAGCAGCUUAGGCGAGAUAUUGCUGAUUGAAAAGGCGGGAUGUGUGCGGAAACCAGAGAAAAUUUCAUGGAUACAAUAUUGUAUUGUAAAUAAAGUCAGAUUUUUUUAUAAGA